AUGAAAAACGUGGAUCUUCCUAGUUUAAUCGUCCCGGGCUACACUCAAUCCUCGAAUGAAGACGACGGCGGCGAUACUGGCCGGAGAACCGUCGUGACACCGUCUAGCGGGAGCUCACACCCACGCAUUUCACCCUACUCCAGAAUCUCAACGAUCCAACAACAACUCGAGUUGCAGAAUUUCAGCCCCGGACCAAACAUCCCGUCGUCCAUGUCUCAGCCAUCGCCUAUCUAUUCCUCCUCCUUGCCUCCGAGGAGCCCUUCCUCGGCGUUGUUCCCGUCAUUUCACCCAUCAGCACCAUUGUCUGAUUAUGACCCAUCAUUGCUUCCGUCUGGAAACGCUCAUAAACGGCGCAACACUACUGAUGGUAUUGCUUUUGGGUCUCAUAGAGAAAGCCAAGUUUAUACGGAUGAUAUGGAGCAGUCGUUGGAUCUCGAUAAUGAGAAUAUGGGUGUUGGAUCGACUAAUUCGGGUGUGAAGAGAAGAGCAGGCAAAGGAAUUGCUCCUUCCUCAAGCAGCCGAUUGACGAAGAGUGCUUCAGCGGGUAAUCUUACUGCAGCUGAAAUGGAUAAGAUUAAGGGCGAUAAGAAACUCACAGAGUUGGCUGCAACUUGUCCUUAUAAGGCUAGAAGAAUGUUGGCAAACCGAGAGUCAGCUGCACGUUCACAGAAGAAGAAGGAGAAGUACAUAGUAGAGUUGGAAGACCAAGUACAGGAUCUUAGGGCCGAGAAUACUACAAUCAGAGCUAUGUACAAUCAGUUACGGAGCGAUCUCAUUGCGGUGGAGAACGAGUUAAAAGAAGUGAAGAUUCGUCAUGACGGACUAGAGAAACAGGUGGAGCUUCAUCAAGACUUGCAUGUUCAAAAAAAUGCAAGGAUAAGUGAGUUAACAAAUGAGCUGGCCCAAUACCGGGGAGAAGCUAACAGAUCAAUCAUGCAGCACCAGUCACUCAACCCAAAUAUGUUCCAGCAACUCAAUAUCAACCAGACGCAGGGAAACCCCGAUUUCGAUGGACAUAUCUAA